AUGCACCUCAGACCCCAGCCAACCCAGGAGGUCCUUAAACACUUUGUCAAAGUCUACAUAACAAAGAUUCACCUUCAACCUCUGCCGCUCUUCACUCUAGACAAGCUCGAGGAACAACUACUUGACGGCCCUCACUUUCUACUUUGGAGCUUUAUGGCUCUCGGUCUCAUGUUGUCUACCCAUCCUUUCUACGACGGUCAAAGAACCGUUGCAAGAGACUUCUACACUCGAAAAGCGGAGGAGGCCGUGAACAUCUUGUCUUAUGAGGGAGAUAUAUCGCCGGAAGUCACGCAGUCCCUUUGCCUCAUCGCUUUAAAGUAUCUAAACAAUCAACAACUCGCACGAGCCUGGAUGACUACUGGUACUGCUGCGCGACUUCAGGCCUUACGAUUCCUCUCGAUUGACAACACGCCUUCCUCAACAGAUGACUCGGUAUCUCGAGCUCACUGGAGUGUCUUCAUGCUAGAACGCCUUUUUGUUCCUACAACACCAGAUGCGUUUGGGCUCGGAGUUCCCGAAUUUCCUAUUAGUGCUCCAAAGCCCCUUGUACCUAAAUCAACACCCAGACCAGAACGCGCACAGUUAGAAAAGACGCAACCCAGAACCAUACUGAGCAGUGACCCCGGUAUCAUUGGCGUUCACAUACGUCUUGUCUCGAUCUGGGGAAAGCUUCGAUUGUACUUGCACGGCCUACGGCGAGGUGUCACUGAAAAGCCUUGGUCACCAGACUCAAUGCACACAAAACUUAACAUCCAGAUGAUAGAGCACGAAGCUCUAAUUGAUUCAAGCUAUUUCCUCUCCAAGGCUCUUCUGCCCAGCCGAACUAGAGCUGAAAUAUCUUCACAUCGCGAAUACUGGGAUCCAUUCAUGGCUAGCCAAAUAAUCUGGCAUGCCAUCCACGCUGUGUUAAACCACCCGUUCGUCCACUUGUUCUUACUCAGAUCCUCCAGGGAUGUUCCCCCAUCGUGUCUGUUCCUCCAGCAAAGGAUUGAUAUGGCGCUAUUUCACACGGGAUCCUUGUUUCGGAUUCUUCAGUCGUUUAUGGAUUUGAUGGAUAUAGUCGAUCCGAUGGUGGCCGACUUUGUAGCUGCUGCGAUGACAGUGUCGUGGUUCUUUCAGUUUUCUGCUGAUCCAAAGAUAUCACGACGGGCUCGUGAAGAGUUAGAUAAAUGCGGCGCGUUUCUCAGCCGUGUCGCUGGAACUUGGCCUCACGUCAACCAAAAGCUCGAGACGCUGAGGAACCUGGAAGCACUGGCCGACGAAAACCGCCGACAGCACUCAGAUGACGGUACAAACAUCAGCUUCAAAUCCGCAUGGCUUUGGGAUUUGUUGUGUCCCAAGAUUCAGUCCACUCAGAUUGGUUCUUCACAUUCAGGGUCAGGGACUGGGAAAUAUCCAGAUUCUGAGAUGUAUCUCAAAAACCAUUUUGUCAUGCCUUUGCACGACAACCAUGAGUCUAGUCAGACAAGAGAGGCAGUGGCAUCUGGUCAAGACGUUAUGGAUUCGUUGUUCACUAUGCCUGGGGACCUGGAUUUGUUUAAUAUCGAGUUACUGUCGCAUGACCUUUUCGAAAAUGGACUAUGGGAUCAAGGCUACUGA